AUGGCGGUCGCAGAGUACAAGAAAUAUCUGGCCGAGAACGUCCUCAAUGAGCGCCGGACCGUCACUUAUCGAUCACUAGGCCGAGCAUUUAAGGUCCAUAGCACGUUGGCUAAGCAGAUGCUCUACGAUUUCCAUCAUAACGAGAACGCCAAAAAAACCAAGAGUGUGGAUGCGACCUAUGUCCUAACGGGAGUCCCCAAGGCUAUCGAAUCUCCUGUAACGAACGGAGCCGGCGCAACGGGCAGGGAUGAGAAUCUAGAUGAUAUUAUGCCGAGUAGCCCCUAUAUCAGCAGCUCUAUGCCGAACCAGGAGUCCGCGGUUGAUCGGAUUCCCGUCUCAUCGGUUCUAUUAGUGCGGGGGGGAGACCUAGAAGAUGCCAAAUCGACAUUCGAGUCCCUCUCAUCCAUAUACAUUUACAGCCUUCAACCUACUGCCCUACAGGAUCUCAAUGUGCUCACCGACGUUGGUCGCGAGAUGCUUGCAACACACGCGAAAGAGGAUCCUUUGGAAUACGGAAAGCAAUGGGGCAUGAUCCAGAAUAAAAAUGUCAAGCGGAGAACGGGGACCCAACCGCCACCUCCUCCCCCGCCAUCGAACAGUACUAUACCCGCAAAACGGCCGGCGCAGUCUGAACCGUCGAAGACAGAACCCAAAAGGGAUGACGUUCCAAAGCCCUCACAGCGCCAGGAGCCUCCGUCGUCCACGAAACCUACGGAGAAGGCAGCGCCAGUAAAGAAAGAAAAGGGGAAUCUGUUCAGCUCGUUUGCCAAGGCCAAACCGAAGCAAAAGAAGGAGGAAUCGUCUACACCAGCUGCACGGGGUGCAGAAUCGGUAAUCGUUUUAGAUGAUGCUUCCGACGAGGAGCCAGAGGAGCUUUUCCCCGAGUCCAAGAAACCCGCGUCUAACGAGACACGUGAAACAAGGAAGGAGCGAGAAGAGAAACUGAAGAAGAUGAUGGAAGACGAUGACGACGAAGAUGAGGAAAUGCCCGACAUCGCAGAUCCACCAGAAGAACCCAGCAACCUCAUCGACCAGGCCCCUCCCAAGCAGGAAGAUCUCAAAAUGGAGGCUACCGUAAAAGGUGGCCGCCGGAGAGGAAGACGGCAGGUCAUGAAGAAGGUAGUAAAGAAGGACAGUGAUGGCUAUCUCGUGACUGUUGAAGAGGCCUCCUGGGAGUCGUUCUCCGAAGAUGAGCCAACACCGCCGCCUCCGAAGAAGAAGCCGGUGGUGAGCGCGCCCAAAGGCAAGACAGGAGCUAAAGCAGGACAAGGAAAUAUUAUGUCAUUUUUCUCCAAAAAGUGA